ACAGCACAGGUACCUGCCUGUUGGUGCCUGCUCGCGCCUGUACCUGUCUCGAUUUUGUACACGCCAGCCAUAACACGGACCUACGGCCGAUUUUGCUCAGGAUUUUGGUCACUGUGCGACGGUGUGGCGGAAUUCGCUCGGUUGCGCGAGUGAUGUGUGUGAACGCGGAGUGAUCUCAAGAAAACGCUGUCAUCACAUUCUCCGACUUGCGAGUUGCCUGAACAUGAGCUGGGACAAAGUGAGAUGGAGCAGUCGUUGAGCUGAGCGGAGAUCACGGAAAAUCUGCCAAAAUGCCGUCUGCACAGCCGCUGGAGUUUGAAAAGGGCGACCUUGUGUGGUUUGACCCAGGAAUCGGAUAUGUACUGCCUGGCGAGGUUCUCGAGUACCACAGAGCCGGCCAAGUGGUCACUGUGCAAGCGGUCAUUGCUGGAAAGCCUCAAGUUUUCACCCUCACCAGCAUGAGUGGGGUGAAGAAGAGACAGGAUUUGGGCCUCACGGGCUUGGAGGACAUGAUUCAACUAUCUGACUUGAAUGAGGCCUCGUUGCUGUGGAACCUGAAAAUUCGUUACGACAAGGAACUCAUUUACACCUACACUGGAAGCAUCCUUGUGGCUGUGAACCCUUACAAAAUGUUUGACAUCUACGGAUUGGACAUGGUUAAAAAAUACGAAGGACAAAUCAUGGGCACACUACCACCACACUUGUUUGCUGUUGGCUCUUGUGCGUACAGCAGAAUGAGCAAAGACUCUGAAAGUCAAGUGGUUGUCAUAUCUGGGGAGAGUGGCUCUGGAAAAACUGAGAGCACCAAGCUGGUGAUGCAGUAUCUGGCUGCUGUCAAUAAAGCCACGUCCAAUCUAAUUACCGAACAAAUUCUGGAGGCAUCGCCACUUCUCGAAAGCUUUGGCAAUGCUAAGACUGUGAAAAACGACAAUUCAAGCCGUUUCGGCAAAUACCUUGAUGUUCACUUUAAACAAGGUGUGAUAGUAGGUGCCAAGAUAACUGAGUAUUUGUUAGAGAAGUCGAGGAUAGUCACUCAAGCGCAAGAUGAACGAAAUUAUCACAUUUUCUAUGAAAUGCUGAAAGGCCUGAAUGCAGAGCAAAAAGAGAAGUACGGCCUUCUCACUCCUGAAAAGUACUUCUAUCUGAAUCAAGGUGGCAACUGUGAAAUCGAUGGAAAAAAUGAUCUAGAAGAUUUCCAGUCACUUUUGUCAGCCAUGCAGGUCUUGGGACUGAACUCUGAAGAGCAAGACACAAUCUUUAGGAUACUGUCAUCCGUUUUGCAUUUGGGAAACGUCUACUUUCAUAGAAAGCAAUUGAAACAUGGCCAAGAGGGUGUUGAAAUUGGCUCCGACGCUGAAAUACGUUGGGCGGGCCAUCUGCUUCAGCUCAAUGUUGAUGGAAUCAAGAGGUCCCUCACGAUGAAAAUCACGGAGGCCCGCAACGAGCGGCUUUUCACUCCUCUGAGUAUUGACCAGGCUCUGGACGCACGCGAUGCAUUUGCUAAGGCUUUGUACAGUACUCUGUUCUCCUGGCUUGUAGCCAGGAUUAACCAGAUUGUCUGCAAAGGUGGGAAAAGAACAGCAAUUUCCAUUUUGGACAUAUUCGGCUUUGAGGAUUUCAAGGAGAACAGCUUUGAGCAACUAUGCAUCAAUUAUGCGAACGAGAAUCUACAGUUUUAUUUUAACAAACACAUCUUCAAGCUUGAACAGCAGGAAUAUGCUAAAGAAAAAAUUGAAUGGCAAACAAUUACUUACACGGACAAUUUGCCUGUAAUCCAUUUAGUGGCUAAGAAACCCGUCGGAAUACUCCACCUGCUGGACGACGAGUCAAACUUUCCUAAAGCCACUGACAUUUCCUUCCUCGAAAAAUGCCAUUACAACCAUGCCUUAAAUGAACUCUACUCAAGACCAAGGAUGUCAAGUAUGGAGUUUGGAGUUCGACAUUAUGCUGGACAGGUCUGGUACAAUGUUGAAGGAUUCUUAGACAAGAACAGAGAUACGCUCAGACAAGACGUUGUCGAUCUUCUCAUUGGCAGCAAAAUUCCCAUGGUCAGCAAAAUGUUCCAGUCUUUGAGAAAUUAUCAAGAAACCACCAAGACUUUAAACAAAGCAAAUGGUAGAUUUGUCACAAUGAAGCCCCGCACACCAACUGUUGCUGCUCGUUUUCAUGAUUCACUUCAGCAACUUUUGGAUUCGAUGUCAAAGUGCAACCCUUGGUUCGUUCGGUGCAUCAAACCAAACAACGAGAAGGCUGCUAUGAAAUUUGACAUGCCAACCGUACUAGAGCAGUUGAGGUACACUGGGAUGCUGGAAACAAUAAGGAUCAGGAAAACAGGGUAUCCUGUUCGACUAAAGUUUGGCCAGUUUGUCGAGCGAUACAGAUACCUGCUGAGCCCAUCAGCCCUUCCGAAAGGUACUCCCCUUCGUGAGGUCUGCAGAGUUAUUCUUGACAGGGAGCCAGAAAACUAUCAGUUGGGCACCCAUAGAGUUUUCCUACGUGAAACCCUCGAGCGCCGGCUGGAAGAAGAACGUGCGCGCGUCCUUGGCACUGCUGUGAUGAAAAUCCAGAAAAAUGUCAGAGCCUAUCUUGCCAGACGCAAGUUCCAGCAGCAGAAGAAAGCUGCUGUGACUGUGCAAACUGCCUUCCGUGCCUAUAAAGCGAGAAGAAAUUUCAGAGUGAAACGCAACGUAGCUUUGAAGGCGCAAGCAAACUUCAGGAUGAAGAAGGAGAGGAAGAGGUUUAACGAGCUAAAGGUGGAGUUGAAAAGACGGGCCGAAGUGGAAAAAAUGGCCCGUGAAAGGGCAAAGAACAAGGCCCAAAAAGAAGACCAAGACCGGAGUUCUAGGGCAGUUGCAGGGGUCACUCACCUUGAAAUCCCGGCAGAACUUGCCUUUAUCUUCAGCAAACUUGAUGAUUGGCAGCCGAUCCACUCGGAGCGCAACCUAGUAAAGGUGGUCGGCGCAUUGCCAAGUCGGUCUGACCGUUUCUACCUUCCCCAUGACAUUGAUCACCACGCCUUUACAAAGUUCACCAAUAUUUAUUUCAAGUCUCACGUGUGGGGCAUGAAAAGAGAGCCAAUUAAAACUCCUUUCUUGGCAAAGAGCAAGGAUAUUGACUAUCAAGAUUCAUUGGCGAUUUUCAAACUUAUUUUGAGGUUCAUGAACGACAAUAAUUUGAGUCCCAAGAGAGAGCAGGUUCUGGGAGAUUACAUUGUAAAUAAGGGUUUAAUCAGCGACAAACUGCGAGAUGAAAUUCUUUGCCAACUUUGCAAUCAAACGUGGAAAAACGAAAACGAAGCAAACAACGAACGAGGAUGGUUGCUGAUGGCCAACUGCCUGUCAUGCUUUCCUCCCUCAAAGAUAUUCUAUAAAUACUUGUUGAAGUAUGUGUCAGACAGUGCUUAUAACGGCUACAAGGCCAUUUGCCAGCGCAAGCUAUUGCAGUCUGCCAGAGUCGAGUGCCAGAUGGCCAGGGCAUACCCUCCAUCUCUUCUCGAAUGGAGAGCAAACCGCAAAAAGGUCAAUAUGGCUCUUGAAGUGCAGUUCCCUGAUGGGGAAGUCAGGAACACCCCAGUCGAAUCCUGGAUAACAGGAGAGGAACUUGCAGGACUUGUCAUUCGCGAUAGAGGGAUCGAUGAGUGUCAUGGUUGGACUGUGUCCUGCCACAGUGAGGAUGACAAUGAAGGAGAAGUUCGGGAAAUGUGCGGAUUUGACUAUGUUUUGGACCUUGUGUCUGAAAUGGAGCUGCCGCCUGCAUUCCCAGUGGUCAAAAAUUAUUUCCUCGUGUCAGGAAAGAAGGGAAAGAGAAUGCCCCAAUUUUCGUCGAUGGGGGCUUUGACCGUCGAUAUAGAUGACCAUUCACCGAGGCGUCCAGUCAACCCUCCUCCAGAGCCACCUGUUACCAAGCAACUUACAAGGAAAAUGUCACACGAAGUCAUUUCUGAAAAAUGGGCUGACGCGCAGCAACCUAGCCGAGGUCGCUCUCAGUCUCGAGACCACACAAACGACAUUGGUCUGUCAAGAAAAUCGGCAUUGAAUGACAGAUAUUUUGAAGAGAAAACCCGGAGCAGAAGCUUGGACAAUCUCUUAGGAGAUGAGCCUGUGCCAGCUAGCAAAUUGAAGGGCCUUGGCUUGUCUCAAAGUAAGCUAAAUGACCGCUACAGAUCAGUCGAAAAGCUGGAAGUGCCCGUAAUGGUGCACAACCAAGAGUACAUGAGUCGAGCAGAAGUUGACGAAGCUUUAGAGUCAAUUUCCCAGAGAGGCGUCAGCAAAUUAAACGAAGACGUUCCCAAAAGCCAGUGGUCAAAGUUUGGCUUGAGCGGCAGCAAUUUGAAUGACAGAUAUUUCAAAGAGAACAACAUGGACAUGCAAAGUGAACUCGGCAGCGAGUUCAGCACACCACAUAUUCAGCCCGAGUUCUUUGAUCGUAGGCCAAGGAGGCCACCGUCUGUAGACAAUGGGGUCAGCAAAAGGAGAGUGUCUGCUUCUGAUUUUGACAACUAUAGGGACAAGAAUAAUUUCAACACUGGCAGCACGCACGACGGCCAGCUCUCUCGCCACAACAGCCCCUCCACCAGCCAGCUGCCUUCUAACGGCCACAACGAAUUCGACUUUGGCCAUAGCCGCCUGGGCAGAGGCCACCCCAGGUUCAUUAAAUCACACAACGCUGCUAAGAGAACUCCCGGAAGUCACUCUAGCAGAAACUACCUUGAGAAAUCCGAGUACAGCGUCAAGUCGUCAGCGCUCUCAGACACCAGUGAAGCGCCGUCCCUCGCCUCACACGUACGCCGAGUGCGGGUGCCUUCGCAGGCCUCAGACGUUGACCAGUUCUUGGAUGACCUGUUUAUGCCAGUUUUGGACGGCAAUUUGGACGAGUUGUCGGACGCUCGCUCGCUGGCUGCAUCUAUCAAGGGCGGCGGGCAGAAGGGAAAGAGCGGCCAGAUGGAGUGCAGACAUGAAGAGGAGGUUGACCACGAGGUGGCCUCCAUCACACAGUCCCUCACCAGAACUCGACGCGGCGUUUGCGCUGCCUCGAGUGAAACGGAGACCGUGAACUCAGAAAGCGUCGAGGACUACAUCCAGGGGCUGUUGGCCCCAGUUUCACUUAAUGGCAGUCUCAAGAAACUCAGCUCAGCCGACACUCUUGUAGACACCAUUAAAGGUGGAGGAGAUAGUGUUGGAGGAGUGGAAACUCCGGGUUCCCAAGGUCAACCCAAAGGAUUUGGUUUCACCCCUAUAACUGGAAUGACAUCACCCACCCCGAUGGGAAUCAUGUCAGGCAUGAUGUCGCCAACGCAGAUGAUGAUGCCAACUAUACCAGUGUACACACCUGCAGCACAAGCUGCUUUCAUGGCCUCAGGAAGUCUCGUGGCCUCUCCUGGCUCACCCUCAAUCUUUUCCACGCCCAUGGGUGCUGAACAAGCUAGCAUCCCCGCAAGCUUGCCUUAUUCGACACCCGCAGGCCAGCAGCAGCCCUUUGUUCCUGUACCAAUCUACAAUAUGCAAGGAAUGAACUUACCUUUUAAUCAAAUGGAUCCUAGCCAAGUGGCUGCUUACCAACAAAACCUGCAACAUGCCUUUUUGCAGUCAGCAAUGGCUCAAAACAUGCAAAUCCAGCAGCAGCUAUAUGCCCAAAAUCAAGCGUUGCAACAGAUGCUGCAUGUACAGGCUUCGCCAGCUUCAUCCAGCAGACCUGUUCACACUGCCACCGAGAUGUCGCCCCCACCACCCCCGCCCUUGUUUCCGCCACCGCUUCCAAGCGUAGUGGCUCAACCUCAUCGAAGCACUCCCCAGCAGAACUCAAAUAUGUUCACACCAGUGAGCAGCAAGGAGUCGGGGGCCCCCAGAAAGAGCAGUGCCAAGGGCACUUCUCAGCAUGCUGUGUUCGGUAGUGUGCUCACUGAACUAAAAAACCGCAAGGUUUCACAAGAUUCUGUGGGAAAGCAGAGCCAAUCUAUUCCGCCACCUCCUCCAAUGCCUCCAGCACCUGAAAACUGUGACCCCUCUGGGUCCCGUCCUUUCAUUGACCUUUAUGGAAGAGCCAAAACCGUGAGAAUAGGCAAAUGGAGGUGGCCACCGCCAAAGGACAGCGUGGAACAAAACCCUGACAGUUUCAUGGAUUUCAAAAUUAGGCAGCAUCAUCGCCGAUCAGCUCAGCACCAACACCCCAUUGACCUGGGUGAAGGCGGAAUCACAGUUAUGAGCUAUGAUAGGACUGACGCUGUCGAGUGGGAAGAAUUUGAGGUGGAAGGUCCGCCAAGUUCAAAGGAAACUACACCUGCCAAGAAAGACGCAAUCGAACCAAAGUCAGAAAAGUCCGGUUUCAAAGCAUUUGAAGUUGGUCCCCGAAAGACGACUCCCGGAAGUAUUGGAAAAUUGCGAAUCAGUAGUGAAAUGCGUCAAAAGCUGGAGUUAGUCACUGCCAAUCACAGCAGCAUGCGUUCAACAACGAAAUCUGAAAAGCCAUCUCUGCUGCCCAUGAAAGAACAUAAGGCAGUCAAGAAACUUGAGGACAACCGAAAAUUGCUGCUAGAAGCACAAUUAGCUGGACGAUGGGACACCAUUGAUUCAGUCGAGGCUGUAACAAAAGACAUAAGUGUUGUGCCUCCUCCACACAUGAGAAUGCAAGACAAGUCAUCGAACGGUCGAUAUGAAGAUAAUCGUCGGCCGAUACCACCGCCUCCACCUGUUACUCCUCAUUUUAUGGAGCAAGCAAUCCAUCAACAUCACCCUGCUUCAAGAUCAAGCAGUUUUUAUUCAUCAAACGCAAACCAAGUGCCUGAACCUCGAUCGCCACCUCCACCAAUUCAGCCCAUCAAGUCUGAUUCGUACCAAAUGCAACAGCGGGUGCAGGAGAGGAGAUCUUCGGUUUCUACACACCUGACCGACAAAGCGGACAGAAUCGAAAUUGAGGAAUCUUCUGAAUUCCUCCAGCCUGUAGAUUCGUCAACUCCAGUUUCUAUGGACAGGGAAUUUGCACGAAGCUUAGAGAAUAUCAAAACAAAAUUAUACUCUGCAAGCAGCAGUGCAAAUCACUUCACUUACAACAGAGUCAACUGGAAAUUACACAUAAGGAAAGAGGUGUUUUCGCCAAAUGAGAUGCUUAGCAACCCUCUAGCGCUGCAUUUGGUCUUUUGCCAAGUUGUGCAGGAUGCUUUGAGCCUUGCCUGUAUCAGAAUCAGCCGAGAGGAGCGCAACAAAAUGCGCAAAAUGCUUGACAGCUAUGGCAUCACGCUAAGCAAUUUACACUCUCCUCACCAUAAAGUGACAAUCAAGAAGAACAUUGUGGACAUUGCUAAAGACUGGCCAACAUAUUUUGCCAGAAUCUUUCCCAUUACUGGAAGUCACCAAAAUCCUGACGUUAAGCAUCUUGCUGUUUCACACUCAGGUAUUCGGUUAAUCAGAAGAGAGAAAAGCAUUCCCAACGACUACCUCCAAGUCUUAGAUACAUUUAGCUUUGACGAAAUUGCUGAAACCUCAAUUGUCAAGGGCAGUGCCUUGCAAAUUGUACUGACCUCUGGCACAAGAUAUGUUUUCUUCACCCAGAGAGCAAUUCAGAUCCGAAAUAUGAUUGAGCGCUAUAUUGUGGAAAUUGACAAGGAGCAGCACGAGUUUGUGAGAGCUGUCAGUGAUCACCCAACAAGAGAGCCAUCUCUGCUGGCCUUCAGAAAAGGCGACCUCAUAAAAGUCGUCAACAAAGAUCAAUACAUUCAGAAAGGGUGGCUGUAUGGCUCAACGAAUGGUCGUAGUGGAGUUUUCCCUUGCGAUCUGGUUGAAGUGCUUGGGCGCAAUGAAGCCAUCAUGGUGCAAAAACAACAACAGAAACAGGUUGAAAUGCACCUGCAGGGCGAACAGGACGGCUGGACGAGGGGGAUGCUGCCUCAGGUGCAGGUCCCUGUGGCCAACAAGGACUUCGCAGCACCGCCUGUGGGCCGCAUGAGCCGCGAGGGCAGGUCAAGCAGCAUGGUGCACGAUGGCAAACACUCCCUUCUUCAGUUCGCCAUGCUCCACUUCAGAAACAGUCCUGAAAAGUUUGAAAUGCUGAAAACUGCAGACGGUUCAAUCAGCGGAUCACUAAAGGUUAUCGAAAGCAUCAAGAACAACAAGAAGAACAAAAAGAAGAGCAAAGACAACACCAGUGAUUGGACGUGGAAGGAACAGGUUGACAUGGUGAAAUUUUCUCCGGAACCUCCGAAGCAGUCCUUGUUGCGUCUGGAGUCGGGCGAGCUCAGCGAUCUGGCCAUUGAAUGUUUCAACAGUAUCAUGUGCUACAUGGGCGACCUGCCUAUGCCAGCUGAGGUGACCGAGGUCAAAUGCGUCUACACCAUUCUCAUGCAUUGUCACAAACACGAAAGUUUGAGGGACGAAGUCUACUGUCAAAUUAUGAAGCAAACCACAAACAACAAAUCGCCGCAGCCGGACUCUUGCCAAAGGGGUUGGAGACUCUUCAGCAUCAUCGCUGCAUACUUCACAAGCUCACCCACACUGAAGCCUUACCUCUUCAAGUAUUUGGAAACUGCUGCCUACGACAAGAGAAGAGCUUAUCAUGGCACUGCCACCGUCUGCCUGCAAAACCUGCGGAAAACCUUCAAGUAUGGAGGCCGAAAGAAUGUUCCCAGUGUCGAAGAAAUCACCGCAAUCAGCGCCGGCAGAAAUUCUAAGCGCCAGAUUUACAGACUGCCUGGCGGCACCGAAAGGGUGAUUAACACAAAAUCAACCACUGUCGUCCAGGACAUCAUUGAAGAGAUUUGCACUGUGAUUGGGGUGCCGUCCGGCGCAGAGACUGAAGAAUUUUCUCUUUACUGCAUCGUCGAGGGCGACUCGUUCACAAUGCCGCUUGCGAGGGAAGAGUACGUCCUUGACGUCACCACCGAGCUGCACAAGAACCAGCAGGUCUUUUACCUCAUCUUCUGCCGCUCUGUGUGGUUCUACCCCAUGAGACUCGAAAGUGCCCUCUACGUUGAAGUCGUCUUCAAUCAAGUGGCACCGGAUUACCUGGAAGGGCUGCUGCUCGUCAUGCCCGGGGAACAACUUGACCAGGAACUAGUGUACGACAUUGCAAAGGUUGCCGCUUUGCUGCACCGAGCUGCCGACCUGAGUCACCUGCCCACAAUGAAGGAAACGAAAUUCCUCCUUCCGAGGCCAGCACUUGGGGUCAGGGACAUCAAACCACCCCAAUGGGUCAACAUGGUCCAGGCAAGCUGGCAUGAGGUGGAACCUUUGACCGUUUCCCAAGCAAAGGCUCAAGUUUUAGAUCUGUUGUCCAAGUGGCCGCUUUUCGGAUCCAGCUUCUUUGCUGUUAAGAGAUUAUCUGAUCCGAAAGAGAGGUCAGACCACAUUUUGGCCCUGAACAGACACGGAGUUCACUUCUUAGAUCUCAUCACUCAUGAGACUCUGAUGCACUAUCCAUUCAGCGAAGUGAUUUCGACAAGGAAGGUCAAAUCUGAGGAUGGAAUUCUUUAUCUGGACAUGAAGUGUGGCAACCUGAUGCAGCAGCGCAUUACUCGUUUGCAAACCGACCAGGCGCACGAAAUCUCCCGACUCAUCAGGCAAUACAUCAGCAUGGAGCAGAGGCUGCGGGGAGGACCAGACCAACCCCACGACCACCCAGCAGACAUCAGCCUCAACUCGAGAUAGCUCAGCUCAAUCGGUGCUGUAUUUAAACGAGAAGAAAGUAGAUCAAAUAAUUUUAGUGUGUAAAAUAAUGAUUAUCCAUGUGCCUAUCUAAGCAUCUAGUUUAUAAUUCGGCGACGAUUUAAAUACACCUUUGUAAUAGCCAAUUAUGCAAACGCUCAAUUCAAAAGUAUGCAUCAGAGGUAUAUAUUUCUGUUUGUUUUUAAUAACAAAAACAAUACAAUUAUCAUUGCAUCGAGAAAGGAUUUCUAUGUUUUUGAAAAAUUUGUUAAACCAUAUAAUUGAUUUUUUUUUCAUUUAAAGCAUCUUGUAUGUGCUAUCAUAAGUGGGAUAUUUUAUUUUUACUAUUAUCCAAAUAUAUAAAUUAAAUUUAUUAGAAUUUGAAUUUCUAUAAAAAAAACUUGUUUGUGAUGCAAUUGUAUUAAACCAUUUGCAAUCAAUGUUUGUUGCUACUCUUUUAUGGAUGCGGAAACGUAAACUACAGAGAUGUUUGAGGAUAUUUUAUUACAAUUAAACAAAAUAUUGUAUUCAACAAAAUUUAUUACAAUUUGUCAAUUGAAAGUAGUGAAAGUAUAAAUGCUAUAACAUAACCUCAACAGUUAAGUUGUUUUGUAAAUAUUAUUAUUUAAAUAAAAAGAUCCACUUAUUGCGUUCUGGAUAUAAUAACAAA